AUUUGUUAAUAAAAUUAAAUUGUUAAAUGUUUACUAUGAUCUUCAUGGGAAUUUAAGAAUCUUAUUUAAAAUAAAGUUGCCUGUUGUUUCUAUUAAAUAUGGUAUUUUGAAGCUUUUAAUAUUUUCAGUAUUACUAGUUUAAUUAAUGCAUAUAUUAUUGUACAUUUUUAACUAUUAUUCUGAACAUUUUAAAAAUAGUUUAUUUCUCUUAUAUAAAAAUAGUUUCAUAGUCCUCAGUGUCCUUCAUUCCUUGAAACUGCCAUUCAUGAACCAUUUUACCUUAGUAAGCCUUUUCAUUGAGCUAGAUUUCAGCAUCAGACUAACAAGUGGAGAGAAAAUGAAGGGGUUUAUCUGGGACUGAGUUUGAGAUGCCUGGGAAUCUCUAAACAAAGAUGUCCAAUAGAUAACAGGAUAUAGGCCUAGAAUCUUUGAGAGGUAACAGUUGAGAACAGAGAGUAAUAACAGUUUGGGAGUCAUAAUACAUAAUUGUUUGUUGUUGUCACAACCCAUGGAGGGUGUACAAAGAAGCAUUCUGAACUGAGGUUGAAGUUCUGGGCAAUGAUGAGGUGAAUAAAGGGGGAAGAGCCUGAGUAUCUAAGAGCUAGGAGAAAAUAAAAAAAUAUAUAACUUAGUAAACCAAAGGAAGAGAAUUUCAAAAAGAAAUAAACAUAGCCAGAGAUGAGAAAUUUCUGGCAAGAUGGAAAAACAGUGCUCUUUGGGGUGUUAAUAUCAUUUAUGAGCUGAAUGAAGCAUUUUUUUGUGAAGUGGUUCAAUUGGAAGAUAGAUUGCAAUAGCUUGAGGAGCAACAGGAAGAUCAGAAGUUGAAUCAAUGAAUGUACCCUCUCAGAAAGCAUAGUAUAAACAAAGAGAGUAAUGGCCCCAUAAGUAGAUGGGGACUUAGGCAUUUUUUAUAUCCCAGACUCCACUUCCUCAUUUAUGAAAGGAGAAAAAUAAUGCCUGGUUAGUAGUAUGAGGAUUAAAAUCUGUUACUAAUUGAAUGCUCUUGUGUCCUUUCCCUAGCUCAAGUUUUUUUUAAUUUUUUUUUUUUUUGUACAUACCUGAGUUUGACCUCAGGAAAAUUAACAUCAUUCCUUUAGCACUUAGAACAAGGACAGUUUAAGUUUGGUCUGGGAAUAAAUGUAAUUAAGGCAGAAUAUUUCUUACCCCACCUUGCAAACCAAAGAAAUGGCCUCCAAUGGAGAUUCUAGGAGCAAAUGCCACUUGUUUUGUGAGUCAGUUUGACCCACUAAGAAUUCCUGUUAUGUAUUACUUCAAUAUUCAAACAUUUCUUUAAAUUCAGUUCUUGAAAUUUCUUGCCACUUUUCGUGUUUUGAAUUGAAGAUUUCAAAAAGCCAAAUGAGCCUGUGCUUAAAUGGACAUGACAUAACAAUCGCUGCCAGCUCAUAGGGACAUAGGCAGAAACAGGGAAAGCUCAGUCCACGCUGCAGGUGCAGGAAGCAGGUAACAACCUUGAGUUACUCUAUCAAAUUCAAGGCUUGGAGUUCCCAGAUUUCCCAAGCAGACAGUGAUAGAGGCCACAACGAAAGGCUCAUCUCAAGUUACCAACUCUUCAGGAAGAAGCAGCUUUAAGAGAAAGAUUAAAGCAAAAUGACAGCUUCUCAAUUUGACUGUCAAUACUGCUCAGCAUCACUUCUUGGGAAGAAAUUUAUGCUAAAGGAUGGCAAUCCAUACUGCAUCAAAUGUUAUGAUCGCGUCUUUUGUAACUAUUGUGAGGAGUGCAAAGAAGCAAUUGAGUCAGGUUCCAAGGAUCUUUGUUACAAAGGCCGGCACUGGCAUGAAAGAUGCUUCAACUGUGCCAAAUGCAAUCACUCUUUGGUGGAAAAGCCUUUUGCUGCCAAGGAUGAGCGCCUGCUCUGCUCGGAGUGCUAUUCUAAUGAGUGCUCCUCCAAGUGCUUCCACUGCAAGAAGACCAUCAUGCCUGGUUCCCGCAAAAUGGAAUUUAAGGGAAACUACUGGCAUGAAACCUGUUUUGUGUGUGAGCAUUGCCGACAGCCAAUAGGAACUAAACCUUUGAUUUCCAAAGAGAGUGGCAAUUACUGUGUGCGGUGUUUUCAGAAGGAGUUUGCUCACUACUGCAACUUUUGUAAGAAGGUGAUAACUUCAGGUUGGAUAACAUUUCAUGACCAGCCAUGGCAUAAAGAGUGUUUUCUGUGUAGCGGCUGCAGGAAAGAGCUCUGUGAUGAAGAGUUUAUGUCCAGAGAUGAUUAUCCAUUCUGCUUGGACUGCUACAACCAUCUUUAUGCCAAAAAGUGUGUAGCCUGCGCCAAACCCAUUACUGGUCUCAGAGGUGCCAAGUUUAUCUGCUUUCAAGACCGUCAGUGGCACAGCGAAUGCUUUAACUGUGGGAAGUGCUCAGUCUCCUUGGUGGGGGAAGGCUUCCUGACCCAGGACAAGGAAAUCUUCUGCCGCAAAUGUGGCUCCGGGGUGGAGACUGACAUCUAGACAGAGACAGUCCUUCCCUUCCUAACAUCCACCUUGCUUUUGUUCUCACUAAAUCCAGAACUUGGUUGAAGUCGUAUUUCUGACUUGAGUUUUAGAAAAUAUUAAUGUAAACUUCAUAGCAGAAGGGUUUUGCACACAUUUUGAUUGAACUGUAUUAUAAGAGCUCAAAAAAAGCACAGUCUAACGGAAAUGAAUGUAUACUAAAUCACAAAGGAACCUCUGCUUGCAAAAUACUGCACUCUGCUGUUAGAAAUAAUAGGAGCAUAUCUCUUUAUUGUAACCAAGUAGAGCACCUAUACAUAGAAGUCAUGGAUGUUAGUACUGAAGACAGAUGUCGUUCAAAACUGCAGAGUAAAAAGGAAAUUAAGAGAUCAAAUUAAAAGGCAUACGUAAGACUAAUGUUUGUGCUCCUAGCAAGCUAGUGAUACAUAUGGUGAUAUGAAUAAUAAAACAGUGAUCCGGGAAAACUGAUCAGCAAUCAGCACAUUUAAGAAUUCUGUCAUUUUAUCAUUCUUUUAUUACACAUACUGGCUUUGAAAAACAAAACUGCAAUUUGCCCUCAUCCACACUGCUUCCACAGCUCGUUGGUUCCCAUGGUUAAUCAAUGUCUCUGAUACGCUAUAUAAUAUAAUGGGUUCUCUCUACCUGGGGAUAGUCAAAACAUAUUUUAUUAAGUGUAUUUUCAAAGCCCACAUAAUUUUUCUAAAGAGUUACAUAUUUCAUGAGAGAAAAUGUCUAUUCUUUCAAGCUAGCUAACCAGGAUAAUCAUUGUCUCCAAGGCAAACCUUUAAAGUAAAUAGAUCAUUAAAUCAUCACUUGUGGAAAUGAGUUUUAGGGAAGGGACUGAGUGUUGGAACAUGACUUUCAUCCAGAUAUCUAAAGGCAUAAUAGAAUGCAUAAUUAGCUCUGAGCCUCAUGCAUUUUGACUUCUAAAAUUACAUAGAUGAUGAAUGGAAAGACAUAAAGGCAGGCUUUAAAGAAAUCUAAUAUUAAUAACUGAGAAAGAAUAAUUCACUGCUGGUAAUUCAGGACCUGUAACGCCGUAGAGCAGAGCCAUGUGGGCUAUAGAUGAGCCCUCCCACUGUUCCUUCUCGCCUGCGCCACCCACCUCACCCAUGCCAGCCACACCCCAGAGCUUCAGUCUCCGGCAUGACCCAGGGGUGCACUCUCACCCCUAAGCAGUCAUUCUACAAAGAAGUCUGUUUUUAUUGGUCAUAAGGGACAUAAUGGCCUUAGUGAAAAGUCUAGCUGCCCUGCACAACACUUUCCACAUUGUGUGGGACAAGUGAAAGCAACCUCUGCUCUCUACAGUCAAUUAUCAACCUUUUAAGUGCACUUGCGUGGGAUAGGGGGAGGUCAGGAGAAGAAACCCACCUAGAUGUAACUUUUAUGCAUCUACUCUCAGGUUAUUACAUAGCAUUAACUUUUCUGAUUGAAAUCUAAUUAUAUGCUGUGGCUGAUUACCAUGAUUAAACUAGCAUCCCAGGAGAUUCAAUUAAAAUUGUUAUGGAAACACCAGUUUUGAAAUAGUUUAAAGUGAAAGGACAUUUAGAGAUGCUAACAACUUAGAGAUACUAAUAAAAGGUCAGGCUGCAUAGGCUAUUUGAAAGUAAUAAUUGUCUCCUUUUAUAUUAACAAUGCCAGGAUAUUUGCUUACUUCUACCUUAUAAAAUGUAGAAAAACCUAUCAAUAUUUUUCCUGAUUUGUUUAAAAUUUCACAUAACAGGUAAGGAACUAAAUAUGCCAAUUGUUCUAGGAUCUGGAAAAUAAUAGUACAUUACAGAUUUAGAAAACCAAGUCAUUCUAAGUCUGGAGAGAUAUACAGCAUUGUAACAUUGUCUCAGUUAACCAAUUACAUAUAAAUAUACAAAAUGUAAUGUUUUCUUGGUUAAACAAUUGGUAAUAUGAAGGCAUUUUGCUGUGUGUGUGUGUAUGGGGUUGGUGAGUGCACGUGAUCAGGCUUGUAUUCUAUCCAUACAAUUAAAAUUCACAGAACCAUUGCUGAGGCAGAGAUAUUAUCAUCCUCUGGUGUAUAUACUUAUGUAUAUACACUUCUUCAUAUAAAUAAUUCCAUAUUUAGAAUGUAGUUUAGUCAUCAAAUAUGUAUUAGGCAUGUCUGUGCACAAAGGUAGAGUUUGAGCGGUUGUGGUUCUGGGAUGAGGGUUGGGGAGGUCAGGUUAUGGAAAUGUGGGAAUGUCAGAUAUAAAAACCUUCCCCUACAGCUUUUAAAGGUGCCACUGUAGACACAACACACAUAUGCAAAACAACUAAGAAAGAAGGCCUCCUUAGACUGACAUGCAUACAAUGGUAACAGUAAAAACUUUAUGCUACCAUUGAUUUCGGGUUAAUAAAGAUGGAAUUGACUGUCUCAGGAAGCAAUGGGCUCCCGGUGAUUCAAAGAGUGAUAUCCAAACAGGCAGGAAGCAGUUAGAAGCAAGUCCCUUGCUAAAAACAACCAGAUGGUUUGGAAGGAACAGAGAGCUGCUCCAAAGAGCAAGGAGAAGUGAGAUUGCUGAAGGAGAAAGGGCAAAAAAAGGAGAAUGUUAACUCUUAGGGCAGAAGGUUUGUAUUUGACAUAACGUGCAAUAGAAAGUUACUAACUAUUCUUAAAUAGAGGAGAAAGCAUCACAACAGUAUUUGAGAAAGAUCAUGCUGCUGAUUCUGCGUGGGCUGGAACGGAAGAGGACAAGGUCCAAAGGCUAGGCCUCUUAAUGCAGCAAUAUGUGUGGUUAGUGGCAAAAGAAGUGAAAAGAUAAAAACAGUAAGUAAUGCAGGCCAAGAGCUCUAUCUAUCAAUAUAAAUGUGUAUGCAAGACAACAAAUCAAAAUAUUUUAUGUUGUCAUGUUGAGAUUAAAGAUGACCAAAAAAAAAAUAAUGCAGAAAAGAAUUUCUGCUUCCAUGAUAACAGUUAGGGUGCCCAUGGGUUCAAUUUUCACUCAACCAAUGGACAUUGGAACAAUCCAGGUCCAUUGGUUAAAAGAAGUGUGACAAUUCUACCAUCAUCAGUUCAAAACUUACAUAGUCACUAUAACUGUAAAAAAAACCUCAAACUCUGUUGUGCAUUGGAGAUACUGAUCACAAUGGCCUUGGUUAAAAACCAUCACAGAAUUUAGUACCACAAAUGAAAAAUCAGCCCAAAGAUAUGUCUGAUGUUCGUGACAACAUUUUUUAAUUUAAGGAAAAAAUAGUUAUUAGUCUAACUGUCAUAGUAAUAAUACUUAAUAUUUUAAAUAAGAAAAUGAUUGUUACAGUAUGUUUUAAAUAUAUUGAGCACUAAAUUAUUCUCAAAUAUAUUUAUCAGUAGAUGUUUGUUA